AUCACAAGCCUGUGGGCGGGACAAAAUAUGAACGAGCGGAGUAUUCAAAACGAAGAUGGCGGUUGAAAAUGGUUCCCUAAACAAUCACAAACUCGAAAGAAAGGAGACAAAAUGCAGUGUGUUUAUCAGUCAGGAGAAGUCAAACCAGCCUGUCAUCUUUAACCCGGACUUCUUCGUGGAGAGGCUGAGAUAUGAACAUCCACAUGCAUUCACGGAGUUGGUACUUAGCAACAUCACUCGACUGAUCGAUCUGCCAGGGGACGAGUUUGCCCAGCUCACUGGAGAGUCGGAACCUAGAGUACCCGCAUCCAGCGGGUUUCUACGCUCCUUUAACUUCCUGAGACGGAAAGACAAAGGAGUUGUUUUUGGUGCACCGUUAACUGAAGAAGGAAUAGCACAGAUCUAUCAGCUCAUUGAAUACCUGAAUAAAAACCUUCAUGUGGAGGGGUUGUUCCGUGUGCCAGGCCACAGUUUGAGGCAGGCAGCCCUGAGGGAGAUGCUGAAUACUGGGGCAGAGAUAGAUCUAGAGACAGGCGAUUUCCACCCCAAUGAUGCUGCAACAUUGCUCAAGGCCUACCUGGGAGAGCUUCCAGAGCCUCUGCUGACACACAGACACUAUCUUGCUCACCUGAAGAUUGGAGAGUUGACUUGCUUUGACGAUAAGGGGGAUAAGACAAAUGUGCCAGAUAAGGAACGCCAGAUUGAGGCGUUUCAGCUCCUGUUUAUGCUGCUCCCACCUGCCAACCGGAGCUUGUUGAAGUUGUUGUUGGAUUUACUGCACAACACUGCUCGCAGUCAGCACAUUAACAAGAUGUCUGCUAUCAAUUUAGCCAAGAUGUUUGCUCCACACAUCAUCUGGCCCAAAAAUGUAAUGGCAAGUGAUCUUCAGGGAGACAUAGAUAAGCUGAAUAAUGGCAUAGCAUUCCUUAUUAGGCACUCACAAAAACUGUUCAAGGCACCGGUGUAUAUCAAAGAAUAUGCCCGCUUAUACUUCACAGGAUCAAAAGUUCUUCAGUCAAAUGAUGACUCGACUCUCUGUUCUGGGGCCAAAGAGGGCCCAGUGGCUGCGGUAACAGAGGGCCCCCCUUCUCCCUCCAUAACAGUCACAUCUGAUACUCAGAGUUACACUGAAUCAGCCCUCAGAGAGCUGUACCAGCAGGUCAACAACAUGCCAGAGUCUGCCAAAAAGAAAAAACUCAUUAGACAGAUUGAGAAACAGCCUUUACCGACACCUCCAGCAGACUCUCGGGCACCAUUCAGCAGGAAACACUGGCGUUCACGUUCUUUUGGUGGGAUAAUAAAGAAGAAAGUAUUCGGCAGUCAAAUGUUAACAGAGAAAGAAAACAGCAGACCACAGAAUCGUCCGCCCAGCUGCUCUGCUGAUGGACAGGUAAAAGAAAGCACCAGCUGUGCAGCAGAUUAAUUGUCCGUGAAAGGAUAUCCUCCUCACAACUUGGGACUAAAGGAUCAUCUCGAGGCACAAACAGGUGUAUUGUACUGUUUUCUUUACAUGCCAUGUUUCGAUCGGCUGCUUUGCUUUUUUUACUUUUUUUAUUUACACAUUUUUUUCUAGAUAUUUUGUUACAAAGUUUGAGACUUUGAGGUCAAGAAUCUCCAUCUUUUUCUCAGUUUCUGUCUUUUUGUUUCUCAGUUCAGCAAAGAUAGUUGGAGUGAGAGUGCUGAUAUGUUCUUUUUUUAUUUUAUUUUCUCACUUCAGUUUAACACUUUUCAAGAGUUACUUAUUCAAGAGUCUUACUUUCCUUGUUCACUGAGGAUGUUCUGUAUUAUGUAGUGUAUUUGCACUGGUGAAUUUCAGGGUGCUUAGCCUUGUGAUUGUUUAUUUUGAAAAGCGUGUUGUAUUUAUUUUUCAUUGGUCUUCUGGAUGCUUUCCUUCUGAAUGGAUCUGAUCGGUAUAGGACAUUCAAUGUGAAAUGUGAUAUGCAAAUUUUUCUAUUUAAAUGUUAAAAUUGCUUGUAAGUUGUAAUACGUUUAAGUUGGACCUGGUCAGUGAAAACCAGUGAUUUAAUCCAAAAUGUGCCUUAAAGUGAACAUAUCUAAAGGUUUUAUUUGACACCAGGAUUUUCUUUCCGUUGUAACUUAUUUUACAUGUUAAUAAAAUAAGGAAGUAAAUACUAUGAAAAUGAAGGGAGGCACUGCAUGAAAGGCCAGUGGAGUGUGCGUACUUAUGUGUUUGUUUCACUUUAGCCCAAAUCCUUCAUGACACUGUGAUCCCUCAAACUACUGCUUUAAACUGAAUCUUGGUUUUCUGGGGUUCAUCUUUAGACCUUAUACCUGGUUUGGAUUCUUAUGUAACACUGGGUUUAUAGCUUUAUAUGCAUUCAUUUUUUUUACCUUUUAUAGUUUUUUUUUUUUUUUUUAAACAGUUUUUAAUGUUCCUACUAUGCUUUUAUCUAUUUUUUUUUUUUUUUUCAGUGAGUGGUUGAAUGCAAAUUAAGAUAAAUCUCUCACUUGCCGUCUGCUGUAACUGGUAAUCCAGGUAUUUUUCUGGAAGAGUUUUGGCUACAACCACUUUUUACCUUAUUUGUCUUACUCCUUGAGUAAUACUCACUUUGCAGUGCUGUUACAGUUUAACUCCGUGACAGUUGCUGUACAGUCAGGCUGACUAUGAAAACUGAUGGAGGUGGUGCUGCUGUGAAGCUAUGCAACUCAAUGUAAUUAAAAGACAUCA